GCGCGGGCCUGCCGCGCGAUGGUCCGGAGCGAGCUCCGCAGCGCCACGUCCCCGAGCGCGUCGAGGGCUGCUGCCGCGGCCCGCCAGGAGGACCGGGGCGAGCCCGAGCACCAGCUCCUCUUCAGCGCCCUGCAGCUCGAGGAGGGGCCUCGGGUGCCGAGGGCGCCCGAGGAGCGGGAGGGCUUCCGCGCGCUCCUCGAGCGGCUCUCGGGCGCCCACGACGCGGAGGUGCGCGGCGCGGUGGGCCAGCUGGAGUCCGAGAAGGCCGAGCUGGAGAAGCAGAACGGCGUGCUGCGCAGCCAGCUGCUCGAGGUGCGCUGGAAGCUGAAGCAGGGCCAGCCGGCGAGGGACGGGAGGCGGGUGACGACCAGCGCCUGCGCACUCGCUCCACGGGGGCAGCCAGACGAGCCCGCCGCGCCGGCGGGCCUGCCCGGCAUAGUCGACCUCUCGGACUGCGACGGGGUGACCCCCGGGACGCCGUCUCGCCGCCGAGCUCCCCUCGCAAGCCUCGACGAGCGCGAGGCGGAGGGAGAGCGCGGGGAGGAGGAGAGGUCCGGGAGUGGGGAAGAGCUUUUCCCGCCGCGGACUGAGUACACGAAGGAGCUGGGGGACGACACGGUGGAAAGAAGGAACAGCCGAUCAAUGAUGGACUGCCAUCAGUCUUGGACCCUGUCACGCGUGGAGUCGGACUUAUCCCUCAACAGAGGUAAAGGACGAAUCAGCCGACGGUCCUACAGCGGCUUCAUGUCAUUCUACAUUGCGUCGCCCCGCAGUAACGCGCGGACUCUGUGGGAGCUUGUGGGUUGCGUUCUUAUCGGAUGGGAUCUUUUACUUGUUCCUUUAGCAGUCUUCUGCUACCCAGUGGACGGCCUGACAAUCUCGAUGGAGUGGAUCACGCUGAUCUACUGGACCCUGAACAUACCGCAGACCCUCACCGUAGGCUACGAGGAGCGCAUCACGUCGUGCGACACCGCCGUGCAGGGCGCCGCGGCGGUGCAGCUCCUGAAGAACCUGCGCAUCCUGCGCCUUGUGCGGCUCACCAGGAUUGCGCGGCUGAAGAAGAUGUGGCAGAUGGUGAUCGGAGACAGGAUCUACUCGCUGACAGUCAACAUCGUGGUGAACAUCCUCACCAUGCUCCUGCUCUUGCUGGUCCUCAGUCACUUCAUCAGCUGUCUCUGGUACGCGGUCGGCUUCAUGGAGGAGGGCGACAACCGGUGGCUUGUUCACUACAACAUGAAUUUUCCAGAGCGCACCUACACGAUCUCCGUGGUGGUCUGCGCUCUGGUCGGCUUCUCCUACGUGGUCGGCAGCAUCACGGCAAGCCUCGCGCAGCUCCGCAGCGUCACGGAGGAGGAGUCGAAGUUGUUCUGGGAUUUGCGGGUAUAUUUGAAACGCAACGUUGUGGAGCACACCCUUGCGAUUCGCAUCCAACGCUACCUCGCGGACGCAUGGCGUUUCCAGGCUCGCAACAAGUCUUUCUCGCAAAUCAAGAUUCUAUCGAUGCUGUCGGAGCAGCUCCAGAACGAGCUGCUCUUUCAUCUGCACGCGGACCAUCUGAACGUCUACCCGCUUAUCCGCACCCUUCUGGAUGUGUCGUCUGUGACCGCUUUUAGACUGGCGAAAACGGCCAUCUCAACCAAGCAGUUCGCAAACCUCGACCCUCUGUUCAUACACGGCGAGAAGCCGAGCCACAUGUCCAUUGUCAUACAGGGCCGGUUCGAGUAUAAGCGCGUGACCUCCGAGGGGAGGGUGCUCUGUGAGAUGGUCGAUAAGGGCGAGGACUGGAUUGCGGAGCCCGUGCUGUGGUCCACGGAGUGGUACCAUUUGGGCGAUUGCAUCGCAGCGGACACGAGCAGGCUGAUGCUGGUCAGCCCCCACCACUUCUGUGAGGAAGCCAUGCGCAACCCACUAGCAUGGGCUCUUGUUACGCGUUACUGCAGGAAUUUCUUGAAAUGGUUGAAUUCCACCAACCCAGACGAGCUCUCUGACAUCACCCAGGGCGAUCACUUGGACAAGCAGGCGCAGCUCAAGGGCUUCAUGGUCGAGGAGUCUGGCACCUUUGCCAAUCUUGCCACCGCCACGUGAGACCGCCCUCUGUCGCGCUUGG